AUGCCCAGGCGUGGGGGGGGGUUGGGGCUCUCCUGGUCCCCGGGGCUCAGUGCUGUGGGGUUUCACUCUCUACUCCUGUUUGCAGACUACGUCUAUUUCGAGAACUCCUCCAGCAACCCGUACCUGAUCCGCAGAAUCGAGGAGCUCAACAAGACGGCCAACGGAAACGUGGAGGCCAAGGUGGUGUGCUUCUACCGCAGGAGGGACAUCUCCAGCACCCUCAUCGCCCUGGCCGACAAGCACGCCACCCUGUCAGUCUGCUACAAGACCGGACCGGGGGCCGACAACGGUGAGGAAGGAGAGAUGGAGGAGGAGAUGGAGAACCCCGAGAUGGUGGACCUGCCCGAGAAGCUGAAGCACCAGCUGCGGCAUCGGGAGCUGUUCCUGUCCCGGCAGUUGGAGUCGCUGCCCGCCACUCACAUCAGAGGGAAGUGCAGUGUCACCCUGCUCAACGAGACGGAGUCCCUCAAGUCCUACCUGGAGCGGGAGGAUUUCUUCUUCUAUUCUUUAGUCUACGACCCCCAGCAGAAGACCCUGCUGGCCGAUAAGGGAGAGAUCCGCGUGGGAAACCGGUACCAGGCGGACAUCACUGACCUGCUGAAGGAAGGUGAGGAGGACGGCCGAGACCAGUCCAGACUGGAGACCAAGGUGUGGGAGGCACACAACCCGCUCAUAGACAAGCAGAUCGACCAGUUCCUGGUGGUGGCCCGCUCCGUGGGCACCUUUGCGCGAGCCCUGGAUUGCAGCAGCUCCGUCCGGCAGCCCAGCCUGCACAUGAGCGCCGCGGCCGCCUCCCGGGACAUCACCUUGUUCCACGCCAUGGACACGCUGCACAAGAGCGUGUACGACGUCGCCAAGGCCAUCUCGGCACUGGUGCCUCAGGGCGGGCCCGUGCUCUGCAGGGACGAGAUGGAGGAGUGGUCGGCCUCCGAGGCCAGCCUUUUCGAGGAGGCCCUGGAGAAGUACGGGAAAGACUUCACAGACAUCCAGCAGGACUUCCUGCCCUGGAAGUCCCUCACCAGCAUCAUCGAGUACUACUACAUGUGGAAGACCACCGACAGAUACGUGCAGCAGAAACGCUUGAAAGCAGCCGAAGCGGAGAGCAAGUUAAAGCAAGUGUAUAUCCCCAACUAUAACAAGCCAAAUCCGAACCAGAUCAGCGUCAAUAACGUCAAGGCAGGCGUGGUGAAUGGCGCGGGGGCGCCAGGCCAGAGCCCUGGGGCCGGCCGAGCCUGCGAGAGCUGUUACACCGCCCAGUCUUACCAGUGGUAUUCUUGGGGUCCCCCUAACAUGCAGUGUCGCCUCUGCGCAUCUUGCUGGACAUAUUGGAAGAAAUAUGGUGGCUUGAAAAUGCCAACCCGGUUAGAUGGAGAGAGGCCAGGACCAAACCGCAGUAACAUGAGCCCCCACGGCAUCCCAGCCCGGAGCAGCGGGAGCCCCAAGUUCGCCAUGAAGACGAGACAGGCCUUCUACCUGCACACCACCAAGCUCACGCGCAUCGCCCGGCGCCUCUGCCGAGAGAUCCUCCGCCCGGGGCACGCCGCCCGCCACCCCUACAUGCCUAUCAACAGCGCGGCCAUCAAGGCCGAGUGCACGGCCCGGCUGCCCGAAGCCUCCCAGAGCCCCCUGGUGCUGAAGCAGGCCGUGCGGAAGCCCCUGGAAGCCGUGCUCCGGUAUCUCGAGACCCAUCCCCGCCCCCCCAAGCCCGACCCCGUGAAGAGCGUGUCUGGCGUGCUCGGUGGCCUGACCCCUGCCAAGUCGGCCCCCGUCAUCAACAACGGCUCCCCCACCAUCCUGGGCAAGAGGAGCUACGAGCAGCACAAUGGGGUGGACGGCAACAUGAAGAAGCGCCUCUUGAUGCCCAGUAGGGGCACUUACCUGGGUUUGGCGAACCACGGACAGACCAGGCACAUGGGACCAAGCCGAAACCUCCUGCUCAACGGGAAGUCCUACCCCACCAAAGUGCGCCUGAUCCGGGGGGGCUCCCUGCCCCCCGUCAAGCGGCGGAGGAUGAACUGGAUCGACGCCCCCGAUGAUGUGUUUUACAUGGCCACCGAGGAAACCAGGAAGAUCCGCAAGCUGCUAUCGUCCUCGGAGACCAAGCGCGCCGCCCGCAGGCCCUACAAGCCCAUUGCCCUGCGCCAGAGCCAGGCCCUGCCGCUGCGGCCGCCCCCGCCGGCCCCCGUCAACGACGAGCCCAUCGUCAUCGAGGACUAGGCGCCCCGCCGCCCCGCGAGGCCACCGCAA